AGUAUCCUUGUCCAAUCUGCCUAGAGAAUUCUUACUAAUCCAAAUGAUCUUCUAUCCUCUGUCCUAAAAUCAAAAUAUUUUCCAAACACUUCCUUUUGGAAGGCUAGAACAGAUAUGCCAAAAUCUGCUUUCUGGUCUUCUAUUCUUCAGGUAAGGGAUGUCUUGGAGGAAGCUUCAGUGUGGCAACUUUCUAAAGGUGAUAUUUCUAUUUGGAGCCAACCCUGGUGCUCUAUUUGAAAAAACAUUCAUGAUCAUCUUAAUCUUGAUAAUCUUCCUUUUCACAUGCCUGAUAAGGUUUCUGAUCUUUGGGAUGAGAAUAAGAAUUGGGAUGCUCAGAAAAUAACUCAAAUUUUUUAUAGUGCAGCUCAACAUUCAAUUAUGCAGGUUCAGAUUAUGCAGGGAGAGGAGGAAGAUAGGCUUUGCUGGAAGUACACACCCUCAGGAGUUUGUUCAGCUAAGAGUGCUUACAAGACAAUUUACAAUGAAAUGUACCCCAAUCAAAAUCAGAUUUGGAAAGCAAGGAAUGAUAUCAACUUCAAAACAAAGAUUUGGGAGCCACAACAAGUGUGCAAUGCUGCGCAGGCAAUGGCAAAGACAUAUGAAAGUGUUCAUCAAAUGGAAGAAGACAGUUGCCAAGACUUCAAUCGGGCUGAAGAGAAUAAUAUAAGAAAUUCUGUUGUUAAAAUUCCUGCAGGGACAAGAGUUUAUGUGGAUGCCUCUUGGACGGAAGAGAAAACAGGAGUAGGGAUCUUCAUCCACAACCCUAGCAAUCACAAUGCUAUUGUCAUCAAAGCUCAAAGUCUCAAUGCAGGAACUCCUUUGCUAGCAGAAGCUGAAGGAUUAUUUUUAGCUAUGCAAAUUGCUCGUCAUCUUCAGCUGCAAGACCCUAUUUUUCUCUCAGAUAACAGUGAGAUAGUGAAUGCUGUGCAGAACGAGGACUACAUACAAAACCCCGGACAUUGGUCUCUGAGACCAAUUCUUUCAAGAAUUAAAAAUUUUCUGCAGGAUCAACAAGUUCGAAUCAUUUGGAUCUCUAGAGAGCUCAACAAAGUUGCAGAUGGCCUUGCAAAGUCAGCAAGACAAGCUCAGACUAACAGCUGCUUAGCUUUUGAUUGCUCUAAUAUUUCUCACAUUUGUUCCAGAGAUGUUUGUCCUACUAAAAGAGCUCUUUCCUUCACUCCUAAUGGAGCAGUUAAUGUAACUCAUGCUUUGUGUUUCUAAAACGCUUUCUUUUAAUAAAGUGCAUGAGUUCUCAAAAAAAAAAAAAAGUUAGGCACUGCCAUACUGUUUGCGGCUGCUUCUGCAUGUAUCACCUUUUUUUUUUCCCGAUCAAAGAUUGGGUUUGCGUCUCCCACCGCCUCGUUGACAUCUGUGUGUCUCCGACUUCAGCAUCGACUCCGGUUUCCUCUUUGUCGUCUAGCCCCACGCAACUUUGGCUUGAUCAUCCGUUCAAGUUCUCGGCUACAAUGACUUCUGUAACCGAUCGUCAUCGAGCAUGCGCUACACCAUCAAGCUUCGGGUUGCCAUUUCGUUGCCACCUCGGACUGCAGUGCUGCCGCCCGUGGUCCACCUUCACUUGUUGUUGCAGUGUUGAGACGCGCCCUCCUCAGCAUAGCUUCAUCGCCGUGCUCAUCGAGCCAUCGAACCCUUGCAUGGCAGAGGUGUGGCUCGAUCGAGGCCGAGGCCAUCAUGUUCGGCGCCGUCUUCUGCACCAGACAGGCGUGAGCGCCAAGGACAUUGGCGUACUCGUCGUCAACUGCAGCCUGUGUUCAACCCGACGUCGUCCCUGUUCGCCAUAGCUGUGAACCACUACAAGUUCGAUCCAGGGCAACAUCACCAGCUACAACCAGGACAGGAUGGGCUGCAGGCUGCAGCGCCGGCCUGCUCUCCAUCGAAGUCGCCAACUGUCUCUUCCGGAUGGGCAGCGUGGCGAUCCUGCUGUCCAACAAGCGAUCGAAGAAGAAGAGAUCCAAGUACGAGCUGGUGCACACGGUGAGAACUCACAAGGGCGGCGACGACAGCAGGAGGAUGGCGAUGGCACGUCGGGAGUCUCGCUGUCCAAGGACCUCAUAGCAGUCGCCGGCAACGCGCUGAAGAUGAACAUCACCACGCUGUGUCCCCUCGUCCUGCCACUAUCCGAGCAGCUGCUGCACUAGCUUCGCGUCGACGCUAAUCGGCAAGAAGCUGCUCAAGAUGAAGAAGAUCAAGCCAGCGCCGCCCGCCUCUCUCCCCCGACCAUCGCCCAUCUACCCGUGGAAGUCCGAUUGGGGCUGCCGCUUUCCAUCUUCCUCACGCCAGUCCAGCGCCAGCUGCCGCUUCCACGAGCACGGGAGGACGAGGCACGACCAGUGAGCUUGACAGGCCGGCCCCCGCUGCGCAGGCUUGCAGCCGCCGGCGCGCGGCUCAUUCUCGGCCUCUGCUAGUGCGCGGGGCUCCUUCACAGCCUCCGACCCGAGAGAGAUACAGA